GUCUAUGUAUUAGCAGUACUGAUCCGAGCCGGUAGGAGGCGCUGAACCAGGAAGUCAGGAUUAUUCCUGUGUGUGUUUUCAGUAAGGUCUAACCGGAAGAGGAGCUGUUGUGUGUUUAGGUCGUGUCCCUUAAACAGAUAUUGGUUUCAUUGGAAAUAAUUAUGCGUAAAUAAAUAGAGAUAUAAUAACUAAAGCAGAAAGCUUGCAGUUCACAAUAUUUCCGCUGCACAGGUCUGUUUCGAGGAAGCAGAAUGACCGCCAUAAAGCAUGCUCUCCAGAGGGAUAUUUUUACUCCCAACGAUGAGCGCCUGCUCAGCAUCGUCAACGUCUGCAAGGCGGGGAAGAAGAAGAAGAACUGUUUCUUGUGUGCCACUGUCACAACGGAGCGUCCCGUGCAGGUGAGGGUGGUGAAAGUGAAGAAGUCAGACAAAGGAGAUUUCUACAAGAGACAGAUGGCCUGGGAGCUCCGUGACUUGUCAGAGGUGGACGCCAAAGAUGCAACCAAGGAGAACCCGGAGUUUGACCUACACUUUGAGAAGGUGUAUCGCUGGGUGGCCAGCAGCACGGCGGAGAAGAACUCCUUCAUUUCCUGCAUCUGGAAGCUGAACCAGCGCUACCUGAGGAAGAAAGUGGAAUUCGUUAACGUCAGCCCCCAGCUGCUGGAAGAGUCAGUCCCUAGUGGUGAGAGUCAGAGCGUUGCCGGCGGUGAUGAGGACGUUCUGGACGACUACCAAGAACUGAACACACGGGAGGAGCAGGACAUUGAGAACAUGAUGGAGGUGUGUGAGUACGCCAUCUCCAACGCCGAGGCCUUCGCUGAUAAACUUUCCCGAGAGCUGCAGGUCCUGGAUGGGGCAAACAUCCAGUCAAUCAUGGCGUCGGAGAAGCAAGUGAACAUCCUGAUGCAGCUGCUGGAUGAGGCGUUGUCCGAGGUGGAUGCCAUCGAGGGAAAGCUCCUGAGCUAUGAGGAAAUGCUGCAGAGUGUCAAGGAGCAGAUGGACCAGAUCUCCCAGAGCAACCGGCUCAUUCAGAUCAGCAAAACCAACAACGGAAAGCUCCUUGACGAGAUCCAGUUUCUGGUGAACUAUAUGGAUCUGUCAAAAGGGCAUAUCAGAGCUCUACAGGAAGGAGACCUGUCAUCUCCUAAAGGUAUCGAGGCCUGCAUCAAUGCCUCCGAGGCUCUGCUGCAGUGUAUGAACGUAGCACUCCGACCAGGUCAUGAUAGGCUGCAGGCCGUGCAGCAGCAACAGCGUCUGUUUGCUGAUCUCCGAGACAAUUUUGCCCGUCGCCUCACCAACCACCUCAACAAUGUGUUUGUGCACCAGGGUCAUGAUCAGAGCUCGACGCUGUCUCAGCACACAGCAGAGCUGACCCUGCCCAAGCACAGCCCGCUACACCGAGACCUGCUCAGAUACGCAAAACUGAUGGAGUGGCUGAAGAACACACAGAGAGAGAAGUACGAGGGCCUGUCCAGGACCUAUGUGGACUACAUGACUAGAUUGUAUGAGAGAGAAAUCAAAGACUUCUUUGAGGUUGCAAAAAUCAAAAUGGCAGGAACCACCAAAGAAGGGAAAGGAAAGUUUGCCACGCUUCCUCGGAAAGAGAGCGCUCUCAAACAGGAGACGGAAAGUCUUCAUGGGAGUUCAGGGAAGCUCACUGGCUCCACUUCCAGUCUCAACAAGUUGGCUGUGAGUAGUUCCAACAGUCGUCGCUCACAGUCCUCAUCAUUGCUGGACAUGGGCAACAUGUCUGCCUCAGACCUGGAUGUGGCUGACAGGACCAAGUUUGACAAGAUCUUCGAGCAGGUCCUCAGUGAGUUGGAGCCUCUGUGUCUGGCUGAACAGGAUUUCAUCAGCAAGUUCUUUAAACUGCAGCAUCAGCCAGCAGCAGCUCAGGGAGAAACCCUGGAUGACCUUGAUGGAACGCUUCAGUCCAGACCAACCAGCGAGCACAGACACUCCAUAUCAUCAGACAAGGACAUGGUGCGACAGAUGAUGAAUAAGAUCUUCCACAGCAUCGAGACAGAACUUAACAGUCUUAUCGCGCUGGGCGAUAAAAUCGACAGCUUCAACUCGCUCUACAUGCUGGUGAAGAUGAGCCAUCAUGUGUGGACUGCUGAGAACGUGGACCCCGCAUCUUUCCUCAGCACCACACUGGGCAACGUGCUGGUCACCGUCAAGAGGAACUUCGACAAGUGUAUUUCUGGUCAGAUCAGGCAGAUGGAGGAGGUAAAGAUCUCUAAGAAGAGUAAAGUGGGGAUCCUGCCGUUUGUCACAGGCUUUGAGGAAUUUGCCGAACUGGCUGAGACCAUUUUCCGUAACGCAGAGCGACGAGGUGACCUGGAUAAAGCGUACGUCAAACUCAUCAGAGCUGUCUUCAUGAACGUGGAGAAAGUGGCCAACGAGAGUCAGAAAACUCCCCGCGAUGUUGUGAUGAUGGAGAACUUCCACCACAUAUUCUCCACUCUUUCACGCCUCAAGAUCUCCUGUCUGGAGACGGAGAGAAAGGAGGCCAAGCAGAAGUACACAGACCAUCUUCAGUAUUAUGUUAUUAACUCGCUGGGCCAGCCACUGGUGAAACUCAACCUCUUCUUUGAGGGGGUGGAGGCGCGUGUGGCUCAGGGUGUGAGGGAAGAGGAGGUGAGCUACCAGCUGGCUUUCAACAAACAGGAGCUGAGGAAGGUGAUUAAAGAAUACCCAGGAAAAGAGGUGAAGAAAGGCCUGGACAAUCUCUACAAGAAAGUGGACAAGCACCUGUGUGAGGAAGAAAGUCUUCUACAAGUGGUGUGGCACUCCAUGCAGGACGAGUUCAUCCGGCAGUAUAAGCACUUUGAGGGGCUGAUAAACCGCUGCUAUCCCGGCUCAGGCAUCACCAUGGACUUCACCAUACAGGACAUGCUGGAGUACUUCUCCAGUAUCGCCCAGUCCCACUAGAACUGGAAUAAAAAGUGAGAGAGGAAGAGGUGUGCAUACGCUCGCUCGCUCGUUUGUGUGUCUGCGUGUGUGUGUGUGUGUGUGUGUGUGUGUGUGUGUGUGCGUGCGUGCGUGCGUGCGUGCGUGUGUGUGUGUGUGCGCGUGCGUGUGUGUGUGUGUGCGCGUGCGUGUGUGUGUGUGUGCAUGCGUGCGUGUGUGUGUGCGUGUGUGUGUGUAAAACUGUUGAGGGAUCGACUACAAUGUUAGCGUUAUGAAAGGAUUUACAGCGCAGUCUAAUCUGUGUACAUAUGCUAAAGCACUAAAAUCAUUUUUGUCUGUGAAAUGUAUUCAUCAGGUUUUUUUUGUUGUGUUUUGUUCAAAUCUCUGAUUAAACCCCGGGAUAAAGUAACACUGGACCCUCCUGUAAAUGUAUGAUAUAUAUAAAAUCAGACAGUUACUCUAAAUCAUUGAAUUUCCUUAUUUUUUUGUUUUUUGAACACUCGCCCACAUUAAAUCUAUGUUAAUCUCCUUAACCGAUGCCAAAUGUUAAGUAAUAAUAAUAAUAAAAAAUCUCAACAUGUA